AGCAAAUUGGCCGUUGGUUCUCUGCUUUUCAGUCUGGGGUGUUACAGCGUGCAGUAUUUGAAAGUCCUUGCCCACAACGUCUCAACCUUCUGCAGACAUGGGAACACUAGAAACCUUUGCAUCUGGCGGGUUCCGCCCCUUGUUGCCGCGGUGGUUCCUCGACAACGUCAGAACGCCGGAUGAGCUUCAAGAUCUCAAGCCACUCCUCAAACUUGUCGAUGAUGCGCUUGACAAGAUGCCACAUGCGAAAUCCUAUCAAGAAGACGAUACGGGCGAAAAACAUACGAUUCCCUCCGAGGAGGACAGCACGAGCGACGACUUCAGCAUUGACCGACUUGAGAUGGAGGACGUGCUGGAUAUGACAGCCGCGCUGCACAUGACGGACCUGACGCUCAUGCCGGCCGCAAGCCCCUGUGCGAUUAUCUUGCUGAGCAAAAUGCGAUUAGGCUACGACUUUCUGGACCGGGUCGUCGUUACCAUGGCUCGAGAAAUGGGCUCCUCUCUUAUCACUUUCACCUCUUCGGAGCUGCAGGAUAUCGCAUGGGACUUCUUGCGCCAAAGAACGCUAUACCUGAAAGAGCAUUCAGAAGACACCCACGAGGCUGGAAGAGGUGGUGCAGCUGACGAUGACAUCGAGCCGAUUGAGGACGCCGUAGAAUACUUCUUCGGGAACCGAUCGAGGCCCAACGCGGAAAGCAGCGACACAGAGCGGAAUGCGCAAGCUAUAUCUGUGCUCUUGGGGGCGGCGACGGCUAAGACGGAGGCUCGCGAGGCCACGGAUGGAGGAUCUAAACCUGACAGGGUCUCAUCAACGACCUCAGAUAUCGAUGGUUCUAGCAUUGUUCUCUAUAUGCGCCACACACUAUUCUCCAUGCCCUGUCUGCAAAGAAGGAUUCUCUGCAGGAUCAGAGAUGCAUUAGUCCAGCGCAGACGGGCAGGACAAAGAGUGACACUCGUCAUCGGCUUUGCCCACACGGAGGCCAAUGAGGAGACUACGGCAACAAGCGACCAUGCGGAGCAUCCGUGGCUUAAGCCAAACUGCUCAUGCCAUCUCUGUGUAUACGAAAAAGGCAAAUGUUGCGACGAGUACAUCUGCUCACUCCGCACCAUGAGAAGGAAGCUUACAGACGCGAACAAAACUUUUUUUGUACUCGAGCCCAAGAGCGUCCCGAAGGAGUGGCCAGGGAAUCGGCUAGACAAUUGGCCACCAUCGUUGGUAAUGGCGAAUAUCCAAUCGUUCAAGCGAUAUUUGCGUGAGAACUUGCCAGGGGUAUCCUCAUGGCCCGCGGAUCUCUUGGAUCCCGAGUCCGACUGGACUGCAAGCUUAUCCAGCGACAAGUUCAAGUACUUUUGUCAGCAAACCAGAGGAGAGGCAUUGGUCGUGGAACUUGCUCGGACGUAUGUCGUGGGCAGAGGGUUGAGACAAAAGUUUAUCCGCAUCUCAGAUGUAGAGACUGCUUUUGAUCGUGCCGAAUUAGCUGCACGCAGCCGUGGCUUCGUCAAAACUCGCCCAGCAGCGACCAAAGACAGCACAGACAUUGGAGAGGGGACAGGGCCAACCUGGAAACAGAAGAUAGAGGCAGUCCAACCCAGCUGCAACGAACAAGAACAGGAACUCCUGUCCAGCGUCUUGGACCCGGAAACCCUAGGAGGAACACAGGACGAGAUCGAUAUAGGCGAGGGCAUCUUCGAGAAUCUGUCGCGACUCGUCAGUCAGACCACAGGUUCGGCCGCUUCCGCCCUUUCACGAAGCGCAAGAAUCACCGGGGCUUUGCUCUACGGACCACCCGGAACGGGAAAAACACUGCUCGCAAGAGUCCUGGCGAAGCAGACUGGGACGACAAUGAUCAAUCUGGACGCGUCCAGUGUCAACUCCAAAUGGGUCGGUGACACGGAAAAGGCGAUCGCGGCGGCAUUCUCUCUCGGACGGAAGCUCUCCCCGUGUAUCAUUUUCAUUGACGAGGUCGAUGCACUAUUCUUCCGCCGGUCUGACGAUGAUGCCUGCUGGAGACGCCAGGCGCUCAACCAGUUCCUCCAGAGCAUGGACGGAGUGAUGCAGGGAGACGACGCACCCUUUGUGCUCGGCGCCACCAAUAGACCUUUUGACCUGGAUAGUGCCUUUUUGCGCCGCAUGCCCUACCAGGUCGAGUUCGGACUCCCGAAUCUUGAUGCGCGCGCCCGCAUUCUGCGCAUGAUCCUCAGAGAGGAGGAGCUCGAUACAGACAUGAGGAUUGACAGUCUCGUGAUGGUGACGAGAGGUUUCUCCGGGUCUGAUUUGAAGAAUUUGUGCGCACAAGCUUCUUUAGCUUGUUGGCUCGAGCAGAACACAGGAAGACCAGGCCGCGAUGUUGUCCCGCAAACCAAGUUGGCACAUCAUCAUUUUUCUAAGGCGCUCGAGAUGACUCAUGCGACUGUCUUGGCGAGCGACGAGCAUGCCAUUGCCAAGUUCAAAGAUCUUCAUGGAACAGCCCUACAGACGGCCCAGAUGAUGAGAAUGUUUGUCGAGAUGAAGCGGGGCACAAGGAGCGAUGGCGAUUCUUCUUCCUGUGGCGACGAUUCUUCCGAGUCCAAUGGGGAAUACAAUGUUGGAAGUCAGCCUGCAAUGCUCCCACCACAAGAUGGUGAUCAAGUCCAAGCGGUGGUCGAAAUCGCAACUGAAAAAGUCGAUGCCGAUCGUGAGUCAGACAUCCAUAGGCAGGAGCUUGAGGUCAAUGUAGACGCAGGGUCUGACGCAGAGCAGCGAUAGAUGGUGCUGGCAGAGCAACUGUCACAGCAUCAGCGUGAUGGCAAGAACGACAAGACAGCGCCGACUGAGCUGACCAGUCAGUGGCCAAGAGAACAGGAUGUCAUUGGAAUGUCGCCUGCUGCACCAGGGCCAAAGCCAGUUCUUCUGCCGGUCAUUUAGCCCCGUCCUGAUUGUCUCGGCAGACAACGGAAACUGUACUACCCCUACGAGUCGUUACCAACCCACACGUCGAUUCGUCUAAUGAAUGGAGAGUCGAGCUACAACAGCCCAGGGGCUCGGGCGAUCUUGAAGUUCCUGCCCGCUGCUCUCUGUACGUGGUCUCGCUCAAUGUUAGCCCAGAUUACUUUGCGUUAUUCUACGCAUGGGGAGAGCCGCGGACCGAUCACACCCACAAGGAUAAUUUCGUGUCACACGAGCACUGGGGAGCCCCUGCGUUUGAAAUAUACUGUGACCAGCACCCAGUUUCGG